CCAAGAUGGCGACGGUAUUGCCGCAUCGUUCGUAUCAACAGCAGUAGUCAAGGCGACAUCACCGUGAACAUCUUUGAAAGCUUCUGCUUUUCCGUUUUCAGCUGAGAACACAGAUGCGGUGCUAAGUCAUAGUGACUCUCUCUUUUACGUUUAUUUUCUCUCACGGAGUUAUUUAUUUUGAUGAAUAAUAUUCCCUCCGUAUGGCUGUGUUAUUGUAAACUGCAGCAUUUCAAGAGGACUGCGAGAAGCCUCGUUAUUCUAAUGGUAAUUAUAUUUAGCACAAACAAUGAGACGUGAUCUGGCGUUACUGAAGACGAUAGAGCUACCCUGUGCUGGUGACGGAACAUUGAUUGACUGCGUUGGACUAAGAGGACACCAGUGCUGUGAUGCAAGAGUACAUCUCUCCAGUGCUGUUGUAAAUUGUGAGAACACUCGAUUGUGUGUUCUGAGAAGAAUCAAGAUUACUCUACAAAGAGAGAAGCGAUACAUUUGAACAUUAUUUUUAUAUUACUCCACUGCUGCAGGACAACAUGCCUUAUAUUCUUUGAUUAAAAAAGACUGAAAAUUUUGGCUCAGAGUUUUCACCAUGCCUCGCAAUCAAGCUUUUUCUGAACCAGAGUACUCUGUGGAGUAUUCGGCAGACUGCUCUGUGACAUUGCCUUCUGAUCCGGGGCAGGCUGUUGGACGAACACACGAGGUUACAGUUCGAAAUUCUGGAUCCUGCCUUUGCCUGCCACGGUUUAUGCGCCUGACAUUUGCACCAGAGUCGUUGGAGAAUCUCUACCAGACCUACUUCAGAAGGCAGAGACAUGAAACACUUUUGGUGCUGGUUGUGUUUGCUGCUCUUUUUGAUAGUUACAUCCUCAUCAUGUGUGCAGUGGUUUAUACCUCUGAAAAUCUUGCAUCCGUUUCUGUGGCAACUGUGGGAUUGGCAGGAGAUAUUCUUCUCUACCUGCUGUGCCGCUUUGGGUUGUUACCAGACCGGAUCUCAAGGCGUUUUGUGCCCUAUUCCCUCUGGGUCCUUAUCGCAUUACAGAUAUUUUGCCACUUGGGUCUAAACUAUGCUCGUUUCCACCAGGCUAGUGACACAGUGGGUUGGCAGGCCUUCUUCAGCUUUUCUUUUUUCCUUACUCUGCCUUUGAGACUAACACCCAUUGUGCUCAUCACUACUGUAUCCUGUGGGGUUCACACCCUGGUUCUUGGAGUCACCAUUGCUCAGCAGCAGCAGGAGAACAUCCAGGGCUCAGCGCUUGCCAGACAGCUACUGGCCAACAUUGUGAUCUAUAUUUGUGCCAUCACCGUGGGUGUCACAUCGUACUACAUGGCUGACCGGAAGCAUCGAAAGGCUUUUCUGGAAGCAAGACAGUCACUGGAGGUUAAACUUAACCUAGAAGAGCAAAGCCAGCAACAGGAACGUCUCCUGCUCUCCAUUCUUCCCAAGCAUAUAGCUGAUGAGAUGCUUCAGGAUAUGAAGAAGGAGCCCAGUCAAAAAGAGAUGCAACAGUUCAACACCAUGUACAUGUACAGGCAUGAAAAUGUCAGUAUUCUGUUUGCAGACAUUGUGGGUUUCACCCAGCUGUCGUCAUCUUGCAGUGCCCAGGAGCUGGUGAAGCUGCUCAAUGAGCUUUUUGCUCGCUUUGACAAGCUGGCUGCUAAAUAUCAUCAAUUGAGGAUCAAGAUCUUGGGAGACUGUUAUUACUGCAUCUGUGGACUUCCAGAAUACCGGGGAGACCAUGCUGCCUGUUCCAUCAGGAUGGGCCUGGCUAUGGUGGAUGCUAUCUCGUAUGUCCGUGAAAAAACCCAAACCAAUGUUGAUAUGAGGGUUGGAGUGCACAGUGGAACAGUACUUGGAGGAGUGCUGGGACAGAAACGCUGGCAGUAUGAUGUUUGGUCUACGGAUGUCACAGUAGCCAACAAAAUGGAAGCAGGAGGCAUUCCAGGACGUGUUCACAUCUCACAAAGUACCAUGGAGUGUCUCCAUGGAGAGUUCGAUGUGGAGCCGGGAAAUGGAGGUGAUCGCUGUGACUACCUGAGGGAGAGAGGUAUUGAGACCUACCUGGUGACUGUUCCUAAAGAUCCCCUGGGAAGAAAUGGAAUCAGUCCUGUGAAGCUGUCGGUAACCUCUUCUAAUGGAAAUUCCCCACUAUUAAUCAACACAACAGAGUGUAACGGCAGCGUGGAGGCAGCCUGCAACACACCUGAAGAACCAGAAGAGUUGGACACAAGGGUAGUGAACCCAUCUUUUCCAAAUCCACGGAGGAGGCUCCGACUGCGGGACCUGGCUGAACGGGUGAUUGACGCCCAAGAGAAUGAGCAAGAGCUCAACAAGUUGCUUAAUGAGGCUCUGUUGGAGAGAGAAACAGUUCAAGCUCUGAAGGGAAAACACACCAACAGGCUUUCUUUGAGGUUUGUGGAUCCAGACCUAGAGGUUCGUUAUUCCAUUGAGAAGGAGAAGCAGAGCGGUGCUGCCUUCUGUUGCUCCUGUGUUGUUCUUCUCUUUACUUCAGUAAUGGAGGCACUGAUAGACCCCAGGCUCAUUAUAAACUACAUCACCUUUGCAGUGGGAGAGAUUUUGCUGUUUAUCCUGACAAUCUGCUCUCUUGCAGCCAUCUUUCCAGGAGUCUUUCCCAAAAAGUUGGUGUCUUUCUCAAUCUGGAUUGACCACACCCGUUGGGCUCGAAAUAUGUGGGCCAUUGCAGCUAUUUUCAUCUUAACCAUGACAGACCUUUUAGAUAUGCUCAGUUGUACACCUGGAGUCCCAGAUUCAAGUAGCACCACAGCGGCUCCGUUUUCUUCCUCAUCUUCACAGUCCAUCCUUGGAGGAUGCCUGAAUAAUCCUAAAUAUUACAGCUUCACAGCAGUGCUUGCACUAAUAGCCACUACCAUGCUAGUUCAGGUCAGCCACAUGGUCAAGCUUACACUGAUGCUACUUAUAACAGCAACAACUGGCAUCGUUAACAUCUACAGUUGGAAAGACAUCUUUGACCACUACGACAUGGUCCGCUUCCAAGAAUACAGCUCAGAGAUGGUUCCCUCCAAGUUCACUAUGACAGUUAUGAUCUUCAUUAUGAUGGUCAGCUUCUAUUACUUCUCCAGACAUGUGGAGAAGCUUGCUCGCACGCUUUUCUUAUGGAAGAUAGAAGUCCAUGAGCAGAAGGAGAAAGUAUAUGAAAUGAGGCGCUGGAAUGAAGCUCUCGUAACAAACAUGUUACCUGAACACGUGGCUCGACACUUCCUGGGUUCCAAGAAAAGGGAUGAGGAGUUGUACAGCCAGUCAUACGAUGAGAUUGGUGUCAUGUUUGCCUCAAUUCCCAACUUCUCUGACUUUUACACAGAGGAGAGCAUCAAUAAUGGUGGCAUUGAAUGUCUACGGUUCCUCAACGAGAUCAUCUCAGAUUUUGAUAGUCUACUGGAUGAGCCCAAAUUUCGCUACAUCACAAAGAUCAAGACCAUUGGGAGCACAUACAUGGCAGCAUCAGGUGUCACCUCUGAUGUCAAUGAUGGUUACAAGUGCAUGAAGAAGGAAGAGCAGUCUGACAGAGAGCGGUGGCAGCACCUGGCAGACUUGGCAGACUUUGCUCUGGCCAUGAAGGUGACACUAAUGAACAUCAACUACCAGUCAUUCAACAACUUCAUGCUACGCAUUGGCCUGAACAAAGGAGGAGUGCUAGCUGGAGUGAUCGGUGCUCGGAAACCCCACUAUGACAUCUGGGGAAACACUGUGAAUGUGGCCAGUCGGAUGGAGUCCACAGGAGUGAUGGGAAACAUCCAGGUAGUGGAGGACUGCUAUAAUAUUUUGAAGGAGUAUGGAUUCCGCUUUGUGAGAAGAGGACCCAUCUUUGUAAAGGGAAAAGGAGAACUGCUCACUUAUUUUCUUAAAGGAAGAGACAAACAGGGCUCAUUUAUUAAUGGUUCAUCCGUCACUCUACCACAUCAAGUAGUAGAUAGUUAAAGUUCUUGGAUCUUUAGUCAAACACUUCCUUUUCCCAUCAGUCACUUCUACAUUGUUGUGAAUGCUGUAACAAGCAAAGGAGAAACGAUUUGACAACCCAAUUUUUUAAAAAAGAUUUAAAAGUCCAAUUAUGUAUCACAAUUUCAGAAAUGUCUGUCAGUCUGCAACACUUCAGAAAGAUGGAAAGAUAGAUGACCAGAUACAGUGGGGGGGGGGAGUAUUUAGUCAGCCACCAAUUGGUCAAGUUCUCCCAAUUUAAAGAUGAGAGUGGCUAGUAAUUGACAUCACAGGUAGACCUCACCUAUGAGAGACAAAAUGUGAAAACAUCUAGAACAGUGGUUCUCAAAUGGGGGUACGUGUACGGUUUGACUGGUUUUAUACC